UCAGUCCAUCGAGCAACUAACUCUGUUUAACACACACUUCUUAGCCUGUUAAGCGUACUUUCUUUACUCCAACUAUAUUCUUCUACCUGUUGAGUCAUUUCAGUUUUUAAGAAAAAAUAAGGAGUUAAGAUAGGCGUGUGGAAGAAGUCAUGAACUGCAAUGCUGAGAUUUUAUCAUUUAUGUAAACUAUAAAUCUUAUUUCGUGGAAACAAUCACAUCCGCCGGACUGCCUCUUCGUUUGGCAGCAUGUUAAUCAUUUUGCUUGCACUAUAAUCGGUGGCGGAGCCACAUAUAGAGUUCAAGGCUGGCAUGAGGCACACAUCUCAUGAUGAUGAUGAUCUCAAGCAUCCCUUAUAAAGACAUGUUCUCUUUGCGGGGGAUUGUGUUCGUUGGUGCUGUUGAUCGCAGCAUAAACUUGGAUGGAGGGAUUACUGGCUUUAGCUUGGAAGUUUGGUUUGCAAUGACUUUUGCACAUCCAGAAGUCCAGGGGGAGCUCUGGGCGGAGACGACAUACAGUCAACCUUUGCCAAUCAAUGGAAGUUGAGACACUCAUAAACAAGUCAAUCAGCAUUUUGGUUGUGGAUGAUGAUGUUGUUUGUCUUUCCAUUGUUGCUAUGAUACUCAAGAAAUGUAAAUACCAAGUUAUGACUGUCAAACAUCCAAUGGAUGCUUUGUCUAUACUUCGGAUCAAAGGCGGCUCUUUUGAUCUCGUUGUCGUUGAUGUGCACAUGCCUGAUAUGAAUGGCUUUGAACUUCAACAAGUGAUAACCGACGAAUUUGAGCUACCCGUUGUUUUGAUGUCAGCUGAUGACAAAGAAGGUACGAUCCUGAAAGGACUAGACGGUGGGGCUGCAUUUUUCCUUGUUAAGCCUAUAUCUGUAGAUGAUCUAAGAGAUCUAUGGCAGUACUCACUGUUGCAGAAGAAGAAAGGUAAAAGAGUUCUUCUUGAGGAAAUUGAUUGUUUGGAGAAAAGUUCCACUUGCAAUAAGAAAAGCCUUCAUGAAGUCAGGGAGUCUGCAUCAUCUAUCAAUGAAAAUUGCUAUCAACAUAUCAAGAAGGAAAAAUCUAAGAGGAAACCUGCAAGAACACAGAGGAACGCUGAUAAAGAUAACAGUGGUAAUUCUGCUGCACCAUUUAAAAAGACUAAGGUUGUGUGGACAAGUUCACUACACAACAAGUUCUUGGAAGCCAUCAGAGACAUUGGAUUUGACAAAGCUGCGCCAAAAAAGAUUCUUGAUCAAAUGAAAGUCCCUGGAUUAACUAGAGCAAAUGUCGCCAGCCAUUUGCAGAAAUAUCGUAUUUUCUUGGAACGAGUCUCUGAUGCAUGCUGUAGAAUACAAGCUGCUGACACAAGCUUAGCCAUUAAGGCUGUUCAAUCAACUAGUGCAUCAGGAAUGCUCAGUCAGGAAAAAUUUGGAUUGCAGAAACAGUUCUCCGAAAACACCACUAACCCCCGGUCAUUGAUUCACACUGCAAACAAUGGCAGUUCGUCUUUCAGAACCCAGCAAACAAGACAAACUAUUCCAUCAGGAUAUGAACAAGCACAGUUGUUUCUCAAUGAAGGUAAUUUGGGUAAUAUAACACAUAGCAAUGGGAAUCCACUGUAUAAGGCGAAUCAGUUGACUAGCACAAUGAAAGCAAACAACUAUCAAACGGGAUCAUCGGCUUAUGAAGAUAUUUCAUCUCAGCUCAUGAAUGGUUCUACUUCAACUCAAGUUCAUAGAAUGCUUUCUGGAAAUCCUGCCAAUAGGUUAUCUGAUAGGAACUUACUAGCAUUAGGGACCAAUGGUAUCACAGAGCACGCUACCCUUAACGGAAAUUUGAACUUUCUUCGUGAUGGCCUUGCUGAUGACCAAUGUGGUACCAAUUUCACUCAAAAUAACUAUGCUGAUGAGGCAUCUACUCUUUUUGCUGGUCCCAUGAACUUCAUUGGUAAAAGCCAACAUGACUCUGAACAAUGUUUUGCUCAAGAGGCAUCUUCUUCGGUUAGAUUUGAUGGAGAAAAGAAAUGCUCCGCCAUAUUGUCUGAUCAUAUUGAUGAAGAAACUUAUAUGCAACUACCAUCAUUUGUUAACAACGUUUGCAGGGGGCAAGAAGUCGAGGCUAUGCUCGAUCAGGUUUGUAACUUUUCUGAGUUUCACAACAUUAAUGAUACGCAGCAAUCACGAGGCAUUGGUGAUCUUAGUGUUUCUUUCGUGAAUCAAGGGAACGUUCAACCUCAUCAGAGUUUAAUAUGCUUGACUCUCGACAGUGGCGGACCUAGGAUUUUGUACAAGCGGGUUCAGUCAAAAACAACGCGACACCACCGCAUAGGUCAUACCGAACCUGUGGAGGAUGGCAUGUCUCAGCUUCAUAAUGUCUUCUCAUAUCCUACUGAGCAAAGUAAAGAUGAAGAGUUUUUGGAGCUGGUACUUGCUUCAAGCCCUUAUGAAGAUGAUCAAAACCCAGACGGUCUUUAAAGCCAUUGCUGAUGAAGAUACUGCUAGUAUGCCAUAAACGCUUUUACUGAAUAGUCAAUACUAGCUGUAUGAGCAAAAAAAUAUUAGUCCGAGAAUAUAUUUAGAAGAACAGUUUACAGCAACAAAAACUGUUGGUGCUAGUCUGCUAGAGACACUUUUACUUUAUUGCAGCGAUCGGAUUAUUUUGUUACAAACAUGUUGCAGGAAAAUCAUGGCAAUAUGUUAAUUUUAAUAUUUGCAAACAGACAGAAGAUUUGUAGCAAUAGUGUAUUCUAAUUUAUUGGAAUACACCACAUUCGUCACAAAUGUGAAUUUGAGCAACAUACUUAUUGUUGCUAAUUAGUAUUUAUGUAUGUCGUGAAGAUUGCAUUUUGUCUCAA